UGGAUAUUGUUAGAUUUAUUCAGUGAAAUGCUCAAGAUGGAACAAUCAGACGCCAGAAUAUGCAAUCCCGAGAUCUCGGCAUUUCCAGUACAGCGAAGUCCUGGCAUUGAACCUGAGACAGCAAAAAACGUGAAGGAAAAAUCAUCAGCGAAGGAUGCGGAAGCGUUGCCAGGCGAUGAAAGCAGUCUGCCAAAUCAAAAGAAAUCUUUAGCCUUCAAAUUGGCUUUCAUAGGGUUGUCGGCUACUUUGUUCGUAUUCCAAGUAGAUGCAACAGCACUUGGCAUUGCCCUUCCUACGAUAGCCAAUGAUCUCAAAGGGUCAAGUCUGGAGUCCUUUUGGGCCAACUUAUCCUAUACGCUAUGCGGUCUGGUGAUGCAGCCAGUCUGGGCGAGUAUAUCAGACGCAUUCGGCCGAAAACCACCUCUUUAUGUCUGCAUUGGACUCUUCUUCAUCGGAUCCAUUACUUUUGCCGUCGCUCAGAACAUGAAGACCAUCAUCGUGGGCCGUGUACUCCAGGGCUUUGGCGGCGGUGGCAUCGAUGUUCUUAUCCAGGUCAUCCUCGCUGACAUGACAACACUCGAGGAACGAUCCAAAUAUCUUGGUUUGAUGGGCAUUCCGAAUGCAGUGGGCAAUAUUCUCGGGCCGUCUGUCGGAGCUUUGUUUGCUACGUACGCCAGUUGGCGAUGGAUCGGAUGGAUCAAUCUCCCCAUUCUCGGAAUUGGAACACCGUUGGUGUUCUUUUUUCUCAAGUUACGGCCUGUCACGAUGGAUGCAUCACUUGCUAGCAACAUUGAACGCCUUGACUGGAUUGGCAUGGGUCUCGUUGUCUCUGGUAUCACGGUCUUUGUGCUGCCGCUCAGUUGGGCUGGCUCUUUGUUUUCAUGGGCAGCAUGGCAGACAUUGGUCCCAAUGAUUCUGGGAGUCUUGGUUCUUGUUGCUUUCGUCUUUUACGAAGCGAAACCUGCAGCACCAAUCAUGCCUCAUCGUCUGUUCCACUCAAUAACCGCCAACAUGACAUUACUAGGAGGUUUCAUUCACGGAGCGAUACUUGUUUCGUUACUUCAGUAUCUGCCACUGAUUUAUCAAGCAGUGUAUCUGGAAACGCCGAUUAAAUCAGCUGUCUUCCUGUUGCCAACGUCCAUCAUUAGCGUGUUCGUUGCAGUGAUCUCCAUGAUGAUGGUGCCAUUGUUUGGAGGCUAUACCUGGCUACUGAGGCUCUCAUGGGCAUUAUUGGCUCUUGGUACUGGAAUUCUGGCACUCUUCAAUCUCAAUUCGCCCUCAUCGAUGCUUUUUGGACUUCCCGUCAUCUGGGGAACAGGUGUUGCUCUUCUGCGACUCAACCUUCUACCGAUGCAAGCCAGCGUCAAGACUGUUGACGAUACAGGCGUUGCAAUCGGGCAAUUCCUCACGAUUCGUAUGUUUGGUGGUCUACUCGGUCUAACCAUUGCUUCUGCGAUCUUCAAUACUGUCUUUGCAAAGACUAUCGCCUCUAGCUCCUUGCAAAUUACAGGGCCAUUGGAACCUCUGGAGGACGCCUCAAAAGCCAUUGCUUUCAUCAAAGAACUCGGGUCCUUGAACAUUCCUCGGGGAACACUUAAUGAGGUACUAAGAGUCUACCUCGAAUGUUUUCGCACGAUCUUCUACACCAUGGCGGGCUUGGGUGCUUUCGGACUGUUGACGUCAAUGUUCCUUGAGGAGAUUGAUCUUAAGAGCCAAGGCCGUGGCAAUCAGCGGUUCGAAGACUAAGAUAGGAAACGGGCCAAUUGGCAUCGAAUGGCUAGUCACAGAAUAUAUAAAGCUUAUAUUCCUAUCUCCCAAGCCUCUCUACAGUCCUUGUUCAACACCCCUUACGAGGUACACGAAUUAAAUUUAAGGUCAACGGCAUACGCAGGUUUGAGGUUUAGGACGGUUCAAUUUUGUCAUUAACGCAACUAAAUCUCAGCUCAAGUGUGACCAAGUUGUCAGAUUUCUUUCCUUCCAGCCUGACACUAUGUAACGCGGAUCUGUAACUUCGUUAAGUCAGUAUAAUGAUCAAUAAAGGCGGUAAUCAAAGCGGAAGGAUAUCAGAUGUCUCAGCUUGUGUAACGGAAACAGCUUGAAUCAUAUGUGAUCAUAGCCAUGGAAGUAUUUGUUUCAAUCUCAUCAUUGACGGUAGGGGAACGUAGG